AUGUCGUUGGGUUCAUCUUUUCAAUAUUCUCCUCCUCGUCAUCAUCAUCAAGAAACACACAACAAUAACUUACAAUUAGCACCACCAACACAAAAUAUACCUGACCAACUACACCACCACCAAGUCCACAUGCGCCAACUUAUAAUAUGUUGUGCACAACUCAUUUCUCGGUCCGAUUUCUCAGCGGCUCAACACCUUCUUGCCUUCCUCUCGUCCCACACUUCUCCUUCUUCUCACGACUCGACUGAUCGACUCCUUCACUACUUCACUCUCGCCCUAACCCUUCGUCUCGAUAACGCGAUUUAUUCAUCAAACCGUUGUUAUUCCAAUAUCGACAUUCAUCAUUUCAACUUACAAUCAUCUUAUUUGUCACUUAAUCAAAUAACACCUUUUAUUCGCUUUUGUCACCUUACCGCGAACCAAGCUAUAUUAGAAGCCAUCGAUCAAUCACAAACGCAACAAUCAGAUAAUCAUCAGCAUUAUAAUUAUUCUUCUCAAUGUAUUCACAUUCUUGAUUUUAAUAUAAUGCAUGGUCUUCAAUGGCCAUCUUUAAUGCAAGCAAUUGUAACCAUUAACCCUAAACUCACACUUCGAAUUACAUCCAUUGGGACUAACUUAGACACCCUUAGAAAAACGGGGGAUCGUCUUUCCAAUUUCGCGAAUUCGUUAGGCCUUAAUUUUCGGUUUCAUCCUCUUUUAUUUUCAAAUCAAGAUAACAUUAAUGACCUCAUUUGUCAUUUAUCAUCGAUUGUAUUUCGUCCUAAUGAAAUACUAGUAGUAAACUUUGUUUUGUACCUACAUAGGUUGUUGAGAAACCGAGAAAACUUGUGUUUUUUACUUAGAAAAAUUAGAACCAUGAACCCUAAAGUGGUUACUUUGGCUGAAAGAGAAGCUAAUCAUAACCAGCCAUUGUUUAUGUCAAGAUUUGGUGAGGCAUUGAAGUAUUACACCGCGGUUUUCGACUCAAUGGAAGCAACCCUACCACCAAAUAGUAGAGAGCGAACGGAGGUGGAACAAAUAUGGUUUGGGAGAGAAAUCGCAGAUAUAGUGGCUGCGGAAGGAGAGAUGAGAAGUGAAAGACACGAAAGAUUCCGAUCAUGGGAGGCGAUGAUGAGAAGUGGUGGAUUUAGGAUGAUUCCGCUAAGCGCAUUCGCGGUGGCUCAGGCAAAGCUGCUGUUGAGAAUUCAUUAUCCAUCACAAGGUUAUAGCCUUGAGGUUUUUAAUGAAUCUUUCAACUUAGGGUGGCAGAAUCAACCUCUUUUCUCAGUUUCUUCUUGGCAUUAGUUACUUAGUUUUUUUUAAUUGUAUUCAAAUCUAAUUAUAUGUAUAUAU